AAAGGGAUGGAGUUGAAGUUUUGGUUGGAGUCAAAAUUCACUCUUAAAUUUUCUUAAGAUGUCGGGAAGAUAAAUAUAGAUAAAAAGGCCCAAAUUUAUUGAGCCCAACAAAUCCAUGGGCGCCCGAUCCGACCCAUACAAAAUAUGAUACCAAUACUUAAAAGAGUAAACCCUAGGCUGUCCCGAUUCUCAGUUUAUCCCUAAAUUUGAUUUUGCAAAUCUUUGAAUUCCUCCAUGGCCAGAAAGCGAAAGCAAAGCUCCUCUGAUCCAGAACCCCCGAAAAUAGCGUCGGAACCUCAACCGGCCCAAGAAAAACAGCAGCAACAACCCGUAUACAUACCCGAAGAUCCGAACCCGAAUCCAAACGUGGACGAAGAACAGCAAUUACUAGAAGUGGAAGAGGAAAUCGAAGAAGAAGUAGAAGUAGAAGAGGAAUUUGAAGAGGAGGAGGAGGAGGAGGAGGAGGAGGAGGAGGAGGAGGAAGAUGACGAGGACGACGAAGAAGCGGAAAACGAAACCUUAGUAGGUUCAUCAUACGCCGCCGUUUUAAACGGAGCACGAAGAGAAACGGGUCGAGAAGAUGAAUGCGACGACGAACCUGUCGAGAAACUUCUAGAACCGUUCGCUAAAGAUCAAUUGAUUACCCUUAUUAAAAAAGCGGUCGAGAAUCACCCGGAUUUUAUCUCGUCGGUUCGGGAGUUCGCGGAUGCGGACCCGGCCCAUCGGAAGAUCUUUGUACACGGGUUGAGUUGGGAUACCACUGCCGAAACCCUUACCGCCGAGUUUUCAAAGUACGGCGAGAUCGAAGAAUGCAAAGCGGUUACCGAUAGGGUUUCCGGGAAAUCGAAAGGUUACGCUUUUAUUCUAUUUAAACAUAGGAGUGGGGCGCGGCGGGCUUUGAAACAGCCACAGAAGAAGAUCGGUAUUCGAACCACUUCUUGUCAGCUGGCAGUGCAAGGACCGGUUCCUGCUCCGCCUCCCACGGGUCCACCGGUUUCCGAGUAUACCCAGAGGAAGAUUUUUGUUAGUAACGUAUCGCCUGAAUUGGACCCGGGGCAUUUGCUUGAGUUUUUUAAACAGUAUGGGGAAAUUGAGGAAGGUCCAAUGGGGCUUGAUAAGCAGACAGGAAAACCUAAAGGGUUUGCUCUUUUUGUAUAUAGGUCGGUCGAUAGUGCAAAAAAAGCAUUAGAGGAGCCUCAUAAGAAUUUUCAAGGUCAUGUUCUUCAUUGCCAAAAGGCUAUUGAUGGGCCAAAACAGACUAAAGGUGUUUCUGGUGGGCAUCAUCAGCAGUAUCAGCAUCAUCACCAAGGGCAACAUCAGAGCCAGUCUCAUCACCAUCAUGCUAAGAAGGGAAAGUAUUCUACUGGUGGGUCAGAGACUGGUCAUUUGAUGGCACCAUCAGGGCCUGCUGGAGCUGGGUUCAACCAUGGUGUUGCUCCUGCUGGGUUUAACCCUGGAGUGGCUGCUGCUGCUGCACCGGGUUUAAACCCUGCUCUGGGACAAGCUUUGACUGCGUUGCUCACUUCACAGGGAGCUGGUUUGGGGCUCGGUAAUCUGCUUGGAGGGUUUACUGGUGCGGCUGCGAACCAGGGAGCACAUGCUGCCGGUUAUGGGAAUCAGGUUGCAGGAGGCUAUGGAAACCAGAUGGGGGUGCAGGGUGGGUAUCUUAACCCACAAUUGGGGCAGGGCGGUGCUGGUAGGUCUCAACCUGGUGGUGGUGCUCCUUAUAUGGGCCAUUAGGUAAGCCCCAAGAUUCUCUCAUAGAUGCAUCAAUCAUUUUGUUUUCGACACUGGUGAUUCUGAAGUUACUGGCACUCUUUGCAAAUGUGGUCUUUAAAUUUGUAACAAAAGUCAACCUCAAACCUGUAUUUUUAUUUCUAUUUAGAACUCUUUCCCCCUCACGUGUUUUAAAAAAAGAUGUACUAUUUCAGCUUGGAUAUUCGUUUCUUGAAAAGUGUUGGGGAACAGGUAGAAUUUCUUCUCAGAGGACACAAUUGCUGUUUUCAGGUUUUCAAGUGUUACGCAAACAAUGACCUUUUUUUUUUUUUUUUUUUUUUGAACUUUUUCUUAAAUUGACAGAUGUUUUAUGGUGACUAUUUCUUAUAUGAAUCAGAAUGUUUUUAAUUUAGUUUUAUGCGAGACAAAACUUUUCCACGGUAUUGUUACAUUUUCUUGGUUUCUUGUGAUUUUUUAAACUAGUUUUACCUUAUCAUAAAUUGCCCUUUUUUUUGCUGGCGUUCCUCAAGUUUAACUUCAUAUGGAUUGCUGUUUCCAUUACUUUGAUGGUAGUCUCUGUAGCAUACCAGAUUGUGAAGUCGUUAGCUCCAAGUAUUGGACAAAAUGAGAUUUCGAACUGCAGGUACAAUGGCUAUAUAUAGUCCUGACCGUUGCUUUCAUGCUUAGGCUUUGCUUGGUAUGAAGAAUGGAAAAGAGUGCAGAUGGAUAUUUUGUUAAUCUAAUGAUUAAGCUACAAAGUAUAAAAUGAUAAUGGAUCUAAACAAUUUGAUUAACAAAUUUUACAUCUUCACUCCUUUCCAUCAUUCGUACAAAGCAAAGCCUUACUAUAUUCCUAAGUUAGGCACCCCCAGCUCCUACCAAUCUCCCAAGUUCCCAACCCCUUUUCUCCAUAUAUUUCUCGGUGGUUGAGGAUCCUUGCCUUCAGAAUGAACAAGUGAAGUUAUUGAUGUUCCUUUCUACAACGACUUGUGAACUGGCACCUUUGUCUUCAAUGACAAUUGUUUGUUCAUGUAAAUUAUUUUGGUCAACAUAUUUUGUACUCGAUUCGAGAUGGGGAAUGGAACCAGCCAACAUGUUUUGAGGAUGCUCUGACCUGUUGUUUAUUUUAAAAAUAAACACACAAAAAAAAAAGUGCCCAACAUGUCUGGAAAUUGUGCCUUCAUCUUGUUUGAGUUGAUAGAGUUGAGAUUCAUGAGGCAAAGAAUUUGUUGUUAGGUGAGUUGCUGGGACCUGACAGGCAAAGGAUCUACUUGUUCCAGGUAUGGAACUGGUCUUGGUUGGUCCUCACCCCUUUAUGAAAGUGAACUGUCUACCUGCCUGCAUCUUUAAAUUGGUUGCUCCUAAUAUUAAUGCCUUCCUUGAUGUACAUAUGUUUAUACGGAAAGAUAAGUGUUAAAGAUAGAAAGGAAAUCGACUUGUGCAGGUAAUGAUUUCAUCGUGACAAUGUGCAAAAACAAGGCACUCCAUGCAUUAUAAUCACAAUGUCAUGGCAUUACAAUAUGUUGUAAUUAUAGAACUAGAGAUAAAAUUUAUAAUGUUUUUGAAGAUGGAAAGUUGUUUAGUAUUUGUUUAAUUUAAUUUCUUUUUUAUUUAAUAGGAAGAUGUGUAUUCUAAUAAGAUGUAAACAAUUUAAUUUAACAAAAAUACCUAUCUAUGAAUUAAUUUUAAGUAAA